AUGGCCGACAACGAGAGGACUGGCACAGGCGCCGACAAGUCUGAUGUCCCCAUCCGCCAGAGCGCACCGGCUCGUCGCGCUCCUCUGCCCCUCGACGUCCCCAUUAUCAAGCACCUGAACAGCAAGCGAACGAUUCUCGCGUCCGCCUCGCCUCGUCGCAAAGCUCUUCUCGCGCAAAUGGGCCUGAAAAAUCUCGAAAUCAUCCCCUCGACCAAGCCAGAAGACCUCGACAAGACCGCCUACGGUCCACAUGAAUACGUCGCGGCCACAGCCCGUCAGAAGGCGCUGGACGUCUACGAGACUGUGCUACAGUCUCACCUAGAAAGCAUACCAGAUCCAGACAUUGUAAUUGCAGCAGACACCAUCAUCGUCACCCGAGAUGGGCGCGUGUUAGAGAAGCCAAAGAACGAAGCCGACCACAUCCGAAUGAUCAAACUCAUGAGGGAUACCAGGAUACACAAGGUCCUUACGUCGGUGACAGUGAUUGCGCCUCGAGAGGACGCGGCUUACCCUGGCUACGCGAUUGCUACGCACACUGAAGAGACAAAGGUCUUCUUCUGUCAAGAAGACGACGGGCUGCCAGAUGAUGUCAUUGAAGCCUACGUCAAGACGCGCGAGGGCGCCGACAAGGCAGGUGGGUACGCGAUCCAGGGAAUUGGAGGCAUGCUUCUCGUUGAGAGAAUUGAAGGCAGCGUGGACAACGUGGUCGGCCUUCCCGUGAGGAAGUGCCUUGCAUUGGCAGAGAAGGUGAUCUUCCAGCAAGAUGUAGAGGAAGUGGCGGAAGAAGACGAACCAGCGGACUAUUGA